AUGCCUUCCGCCAUUCUCAGCGUUUACGAUAAAUCUAAUCUCCUUGAAUUGGCUUCUGAUCUACAAGCCUUGGGUUUCAAUCUCCUCGGCUCCGGUGGUACUUCCAAGAAAAUUCGUGAUGCCGGAAUCCCGAUAUCUGACGUACAAGACAUCACAAAUGCUCCGGAAAUGUUGGGCGGUAGAGUUAAAACUUUGCAUCCCGCUGUGCACGGUGGUAUUCUCGCAACCAAUUCCGCCUCCGACAAUGCCGACCUCGAGAAGCAGGCCUACACCAAGAUCGACUUGGUCGUCUGUAACCUCUACCCAUUCAAAGAGACCGUCGCAAAGCCAGACGUUUCUCUCCCUAACGCUGUAGAGGAGAUCGAUAUUGGUGGUGUGACUCUGUUGCGUGCAGCUGCCAAGAAUCACGAAAGAGUCUCCAUUCUGUCUGAUCCAACCGAUUACAAGAGCUUUGUUGAGUCUUAUAAGAAUGGCGUAGACCAGUCUUUGCGCAACAAGUGGGCUCUGAAAGCCUUCUCUCACACAGCAGACUACGACAACGCUAUCAGCAACUACUUCCGUCAGCAGUACGCCUCUUUGGACACCUCCAACGAUCUUGUCCAGCGCUUCCCUUUGAGAUAUGGUGCCAACCCACACCAGAAGCCAGCACAGGCUUACGUCACUCAAGGUGAGAUGCCUAUCAAAGUUCUCAGCGGUUCUCCAGGCUACAUCAACCUCCUUGAUGGCCUCAAUUCUUGGGGUCUCGUUAAGGAGUUAGCUGAAGCCCUUUCCCUCCCAGCAGCCGCAUCAUUCAAGCACGUCUCACCAGCAGGUGCUGCUGUCGGUGUGCCACUCAACGAUGUCGAGAAGAAGGUAUUCAUGGUCGACGAUCUUAAGCAAAUGUCCCCACUUGCAACUGCAUACGCUAGAGCCAGAGGAGCAGACAGGAUGUCAUCCUUCGGUGACUUUAUAGCAUUAUCCCACGAAGUCGACUACGCAACCGCCCGUAUCAUCAACAGAGAGGUGUCAGACGGUGUCAUUGCGCCUGCGUACUCUCAAGAAGCGCUUGAGAUUCUGCAGAAGAAGAAGGGCGGAAAAUACUGCAUGCUGCAGAUCGACCCUGCGUUUACCCCCUCAGACAUUGAGACACGUUCUGUGUACGGCAUUACACUUGAGCAACGCAGAAACGACGCUAAGAUCACCAAUGAGACGUUCGCCAAUGUCGUCUCGAAUGAGAAGGCGCUUUCGAAGCAAGCACUGAUUGAUCUCACAGUAGCGACUAUAGCUGUCAAGUACACCCAAUCCAACUCAGUCGGCUAUGCUGUGAACGGUGCUGUCGUCGGUCUAGGUGCUGGUCAGCAAUCACGCAUCCACUGUACUCGUCUUGCCGGCGAUAAGGCUGACAAUUGGUGGUUGCGUCACCAUCCUCGCGUACUCGCUCUGCCAUGGAAGAAGAGCGUCAAGCGUGCAGAGAAGGCGAACGCUAUCGAUCUCUUCGUCACCGGUGAAGCGUGGAAGGCGACAGGCUCGGAGCGUGCACAAUGGGAGAGCAUGUUCGAAGAAGUCCCUGCUCCUUUGUCUGAAGAGGAAGUUAAGAGUCAUGCAAAAGAGUUUGCUCAGCUAGGCGUCGCUUGCUGCUCAGAUGCCUUCUUCCCCUUCCCUGAUAACGUCCACAGAGCUCACAGAUCAGGCGUCAAAUACGUCGCUGCUUCUAUUGGUAGCGUCAUGGAUGAAGAGGUCAUCAAAGCUGCUAAUGAGUAUGGUAUUGUCUACUCUGCCCUCCCAUUGCGCCUUUUCCAUCACUAA